ACUUUCUUAUCGAUCAAAAGUCAUAGCUCCAAUAACGAUGGUUCAUUUCAUGAAAUAAAAAAGCCAAUGUGGACUCAAAUAUUUUAUUACAUGUUUCCACUUUUAAAGAUCCUGAUAUAUAAAUUUUGGAAUUUUUAUACUAUGGCUGUUGUGAUUUGAACCUUUAAACUGAUUAUGGAUGUGUGACGCUGCUGCUUCUGAUUAAAAUAUGGGAGAGCAUUAGUAAAUGAAUAGAGUCAAGUUUAAAUGAGAACUCAAAUAUUUUAUGAAAAUCCAAGAAAUCGAUCAUGGCCUUUGGAUUAAACUCAUCUAAUGGCCGUGAUUUGUAGGGAACCGUCAUUUUAUAGCACUCUAACCAUUUUGUAAGUGUCUAUAAAGACAAAACUGCAAAUUUGGUCCUUGUGGUUUGGCAAAACCUUUGGAUGGGGUCCAAAAAGUUUCCAGCUUGCACCAAAGGUCCAAAAUCAAGGUUUUCAUGGGUUUUUAGUCCAUUCCGUCAUUGACCGUUUGUUUGGGGCCGUUAGUGCCUUCACGUGCCCUCCAUGUGAGGGCAUUUUGGUCAUUUUAGGUCCUAGCCUCCGUUGCCGCCACUUCAAUUAAUAAGAUUGCAGAUUGUACUCACUCCUUCGUCUUCUACUCAUACCUCUUGAUUCAAACGCAAACCCUAACGAUCGUCUGAAAAUUGGAUUGUGUUCAUGCUUUUGAAAAUGUGGGGACUUAGAAAUGUUGGAGAGAUUGUCAACGUUCAAGAAGUUUAUGAUGGUUACCCCAACAUAUUCUCUAUUGAACUUCAUCACGGAGGGAGUUUCACAAAGUUUCCAAAUAUCAGACUUGAUGAUGAGAGAAUUAGGGUAUGAUGGUACUGAAAUCAUGUAUUACCAUUUCCGUUUGCCUAAUGAAGGAUUUGACUUUGGACUCCGAGCAUUAGGUAACGAUGAUGAUGUGCGUAAUCUCUCACGGGUUAUAAUAGAAGACAUGGAGAAGCAGGAUUCCAUUAGACCCUCAUCACCUGUAGUUGCUCAUGAAGUGGUAACUCCAAUCCAAAUUGAUGUUGGUGAGGGUGAUUUAGGGUUAGCAUUAACCUUAUACAAAUCAGCAACACCUGAAUUUAGUAGGUCUAAAGGUUGGAAACAUAGUAAAGGGGCAUCGUCUUGUAGUACAAAGCUUAACUUGGAUUGGGAAGGUGCUGAAAAAACAAUGGCAAGUGGUGAAGUUGAUAAGGGUAAGGGUGUAGAAGGAUUUGUAGAUGAAUUUGUUGUAGUUGAUGCAGAAAAAGAGUUAAACAAAGAGAUUGAUGUGAAUGAAGAACUUGAUGUGAACAAAUCCAAUGGUGAGGGUGUAGAAGGAUUUGCAGAUGAGGGGUAUAGAGUUGUCAUGGAUAAUGAUCCUCAAGGAGUCAAUGAAUUUUCAACUAACAUCAACAUAGAUGAUGAGUUAAUGACAAACUUUCAACCUUUUGAAGACCAAGAUAGCAUCCCAUAUAAUGGGUUUGAAGGCCAAGAUAAUAUUCCUUUCAAUGAUGAGUGGAGACAAGAGGAGCCUGAUGACAUUGAUUUUGAGAAUCAAAACAGUGAAGAUGAAGAUAGUGACUUUAUGAUUGAUGAGGACAACAUAAUUGAAGAUGUUGACGUUGACAUGGAGGAUUUCAAUCUAAAUAUUGAUACAGAAGCAGAGUUCAAUGGAUGUCAAAGAAUGGGUGGUCAAAGAAAUGAAGAUAGUGAUGAAGAAGAUGAUUUGGAGGUAAUUGACAAUGACGAGUGGGAUUCAUUAAGUGAUGACUCAGGGGACAACAGGAAAAUAAGAGAAAUGAUCAAAGAGCUGGGGAAACAAACCUUAUGUUCUGCUGGUGAGGUGCACAAGGUAGCUUUUCAUAUUGGGCAGAAAUAUAAAGCCAAGAAAGAAUUGAAAGAUAAAAUUGACCUGCAUGCUUUAGAGACAAGGAGGAAUAUCUCAUUCACAAAAAACGACAAGAGUAGAUUAACAGUUGUUUGUGAUGGAACUGUAGUUUUAAAUGCAAGUGGGGUAGGUGGACCUACCUCUGGGAAAAAGGUAAAGGGUAAAGAUGUAAACUCAGAUAAAGUUAAAUGCACAUGGAAACUUCAUGCAUCUAGGUCAAGUGAACAGGACUAUUGGUUUAUUAAGACCUAUAAUCAGAAACACAUCUGCCUCCAAACACGAAAAAUCAGAUCUUGCACAGCAACAUUUCUUUCCAAACGUAUUAUGGAUCAGACUGAAGCUAAUCCUGGACUGCCUGUUCGUGCCCUACAAGAGCAACUCCAAUCAACUUAUGGAGUUAGUAUUUCAGAAGAGAAAGCAUUUAGGGCAAAAGCAUUAGCCACCAAAAAUGUUGCAGGGGAUUACGUAAAGCAAUAUGCAGCUUUGAGAGACUAUGUACUAGAGCUACAAAAGACAAAUGAAGGUACAACUGUAAAGAUUGAUGUGGUUUCAGAACCUGUGGUUUCAUCCCCAACCAGGCAAUUCAGAAGGAUAUACGUGUGUUUAGGUCCUUUGAAGAAAGGUUUUAAGGCAGGUUUGAGAGAAUUUUUAGGCUUAGAUGGAGCCUUCAUGAAGGGACCUUUCCCAGGUCAAAUACUAAGUGCAGUUGGUGUUGAUUCCAACAAUGGAACCUACCCAUUGGCAUAUGCUGUUGUUGAAAGUGAAAACACUUCAAGUUGGAAAUGGUUUCUUCAGUGUCUUGCAGAAGAUCUUGACUUGUAUUCAAAUUCCAACUUCACCUUUAUCAGUGAUAGACAGAAGGGUCUUCUACCAGCCAUAGAACAAUUGUUCCCUAAUGCAGAACACAGGUUCUGUAUUAGACACAUAUACCAGAACAUGAGGAAGUUAUUUAAGACUACAGAGUACAAGGAGUAUUUUUGGAGGUGUGCUACAGCCACCACCAUACCAGAGUUUGAAGCUGUAAUGGUAGAGCUAAGGAAUUAUGACAUAGAAGCAUAUCAGUGGCUCUUGAAAAUCUCUCCACAUCAUUGGGCUAGAAGUCAUUUUUCAGGAAGGGCAAUUUCAGACAUGUUAUUGAAUAACCUUUGUGAAGUGUUCAAUAGCAAACUUGUUAAAGGGAGAGACAAACCCAUUAUCAGUUGUUUGGAGUUCAUCAGAGAGUACCUUAUGAAGAGAGUAUGCAAUGUGAUGAAGGUGUUAAACAAGUGUCAAGGUCCAUUAACUCCAACUGGUACUAGGAUUUUGGAAGCAAACACAACACUAGCUAGUAAGUAUCAUGCACGAUGGAAUGGGGGACAAAAGUAUCAGGUUAAAGGUCCAUGGAAUGAUCAACAUGUGGUGGACAUGGAGAAAAGGGAGUGUAGUUGUAGAAAGUGAGAGCUUACUGGAAUUCCUUGCAAACAUGCAAUUGCAAGCCUAAAUGAAAUGGCAGACAAUAAUGAAAAGGUGGGAGAACUAUACACCUAUGUGCAUAAGGUGUAUUGGCUUGAUACAUGGAAAGAGAUGUACUCCUUCAAGGUGGAGCCUAUCAAAGGUAGAGCCAUGUGGCCUAAGAGUGACUGCCCAACAACUCUUGUGCCUCCACCACACAACAAAGCUAUAGGCAGGCCAAAAAAGAAAAGAA